AUGGGUCUCCUCCUGUUCCUGAUCGCAGUCGGAAUUCUGUCCUCUUCGACUCUCGGAGUCAUAGUUCAGCCGGAACAGAUUGCCAAAACGGUAUCUUUGAACGACACCUCAUUCCGUGAGUUCCCGUGAAUUCUUCCUUGCUCAUUCGGAUCUUUUCCCUUCAGUUGCCUACAAUUCUUCCGUUUCCAAAUGCCGCAUCGAUUGCGCCGACUCUGAAACCAUGCUCGACAAGGACUUCCGCACAUUCCAAAAAGUGUGGAUGUUCAAUAACACGGAAAUGUUCUCGGCCGACGACAAGACAUUCAUUGACAGUAACCGCAGUCUCGAGUGAUUCAGAAAACUGAACGCCUUCCAAAGCUACGUAGUUCGUUCAGGUUUCAAGUGCUGGAUUCCGAUGACUCCGGUGUUUAUCAGUGCUGCAUUCGUUCCACCGAUCUCGCCUACCAAUCCUUCAUCUGCUACAGCACUCUUCUGACCGUUCUGGAUGAAGUUCCAGCCGAAGAAAUGAACGUUACGACUACUGGUUGGCACGGAUUCCUACAAGUUCUCUAGGGUUCUGUUUUCAGAAGCGCCGCCGUCUCCUUCGUGGAACAUCGUUAUCGAGGACGGCGCGACUUUAAAUGCUCAGCCGGAGAACAACUAUUUUGUGAGAAUGUUUGAAGAUAACGUCACGGAUAUUCACUGCCUCGUCAACGAAGUCGAAAUCAAGAUCAAGACGGUAGGUGCUUCCUUCUGAAUCACUUCCAUCCCCUCCGAUUUCAGAGCAACUCGUUUCCUCCUCCACUCCACAACGACUUGCUUAUCGAAUCGUUCAACCUCACCGAUCACAGUGGUGUUUACGUUUGCAACGGAACGCUGAAAGUCGGCAACGAAUCAACGAUUGAGUCGGUCACAUUCACAGUAUCCCAGUCAUGGAACGACAACGAACACGCGGAUCUUCUGGACAGCAAGACCGUCGCCGAAGCCCUGAAAGGCAGCGCCGUCGCCUUCUUCGCACUCUUGUCCGUCGUUGCCUAUCUCUACCUUCAUCUCUCAGUUUUCACGUUCUGA